CUGCACCGUGCCCUGCGGGCGCCUGCGCGGCUCCGAGCCGGCCGGCCGGGGAAGCGAAGGAGCAGCUCUCCGCUCUCUCGCUGGGAACGGAGAUCCAAUCGACUGGGCUCGGAUCAACUCCGCGUGUUUGCAUUAAUUCAAUCACAACAUAAAAUACACUGCGUCAGAAAUAAAAAUGACAAAAAACUGGAUCACAUUCUUGCUGUUCUUCCUCUCGGUUACUUUGUUAUUUGCCACUGCUAUUCCAUCUGAAGGUCAUCAGAAUAUGACAGAGGACUUUGGUCAACUGAGUUUUACACGGAAUAAAAUUAUGACAGCACAGUAUGAAUGCUACCAGAAAAUUAUGCAAGAUCCCAUUCAUAGGAAAGAAGGUCCUUACUGUAACAGGACGUGGGAUGGCUGGUUGUGCUGGAGUGAUGUUGCUGCAGGAACUGUAUCAGUACAGCAUUGUCCUGACUACUUCCAAGAUUUCAAUCCAUCAGAAAAAGUUACAAAGAUCUGUGAUCCAAGUGGGAACUGGUUUAGACACCCAGAAAGCAACAGGACAUGGACAAACUACACCCAGUGUAAUAUCUAUACGCACGAAAAAGUGAAGACUGCUCUGAAUUUGUAUUAUUUGGCCAUCAUAGGACAUGGUCUUUCAAUUGCCUCACUUCUGAUUUCUCUUGGCAUAUUCUUUUACUUUAAGAGCUUGAGUUGCCAGAGGAUUACUCUUCAUAAAAAUCUCUUUUUCUCUUUUGUUUGCAACUCUGUUGUAACAAUAAUUUCACUGACUGCAAUUGCCAACAAUCAGGAAUUAGUUGCAGCUAAUCCAGUUAGCUGCAAAGUGUCAAUGUUUAUCUACCUGUACCUAAUGGGUUGCAACUACUUCUGGAUGCUGUGCGAAGGCAUUUACCUGCAUACCCUUAUUGUGGUGGCUGUUUUUGCUGAGAAACAGCACUUGAUGUGGUAUUACCUUCUUGGCUGGGGUUUUCCACUGAUCCCUGCCUGCAUACAUGCUGUUGCUAGAAGCUUGUAUUAUAAUGACAACUGUUGGAUCAGCUCUGAUACUCAUCUGCUCUACAUCAUCCAUGGCCCUAUUUGUGCUGCUCUAUUGGUGAAUCUUUUCUUCCUGUUAAAUAUUGUCCGUGUACUCAUAACCAAGCUGAAAGACACCCACAAGGCAGAAUCCAACCUAUACAUGAAAGCAGUACGAGCUACCCUCAUUCUGGUUCCCCUGCUCGGCAUUGAAUUUGUGCUGUUUCCAUGGCGACCAGAAGGUCGAAUCACUGAGGAAGUCUAUGAAUAUGUGAUGCACAUCCUUAUGCAUUACCAGGGUCUACUGGUCGCUACAAUUUUCUGCUUCUUCAAUGGAGAGGUCCAAGCUGUUUUGCGAAGACACUGGAAUCAGUACAAAAUCCAGUUUGAGCACAGCUUCAGCCACUCAGAUGCUAUGCGCACUGUUUCCUAUACAGUAUCAACAAUCAGUGAUGUUCCAGGCUACAGCUACAACCACGACUGCACCAGUGAACAUUUAAAUGGCAAAGGCUAUCAUGACAUGGAGAGCGUAGUUUUAAAAACUGAAAAGUUAUAUGGUUGACUGAAAAGACUCUGCAUAUGCCGGUGUUCACCCUCAUAGUUUAUGAACUUGAAGUUUGAUUUGAUGACUUAAUGGCCAGAAGAUUCAGUCUAACUUGGGAGUAUGACCUUCUCCUGAAUGAUGCAAACUAAACCAACUCAUUUUCGUAUGUAUAAAUAUAUGUGUCUGUGUUUGUCUAUUGAUAGUAUGGACAUCCAUACAUGUAUCUAUCCACUUAGCUAUAUAUAUGUGUGUAUUUACAUAAGUAUACAAACGUUGCCUCUUCAGUUUCUACUAUGUAGACAAAGUUGGCAAUUUUUUGUACAAGGGGAAUCAAAGAAUGAAGGAUUUCGUAUUUUCUUGGAAGUUUCUAUGAAGACGGGGUUGUACUGAAGCCACUUCAUUUGCCUAUAGAAACUUAGGGUGUAAAUACCAUACUAUAUUGUCUUAAUCAAACCUAAAACUGAACAAAGGAAAAUUGUUACAAUAGGUGCAAUAGUUACAGCAGCUUGUUCAGGUUAAUUUUAUGUCCAGUAUUUUAUUGUCAAAAAGCAACAAAAAAAACACCAACAGAUAGUCUAAGAUAAUAGACUCAAGAUACUAAUGCUGAGCCAGUUGGAUUUUGCAACUGUUUUUAAUGAAGCAUCAGAGAUGCUAGUACAAGUCUAAGAUUCUAUUCACUUGUGUAUUGCAGCAUAACAGUUUACAGCAAGCCUUGAACAAUUUUAUUUAAACUGUUUUCACAUACACAGGAGUGUCUCCUCCUCUUCAAGCUUAUGAAUGCAGAUGAGAUCAAUGAUGAAGCCUUACUGAAAAGUAAGAAAGAGUACAGAAAGAAUAGUAACCUGAAUACCUAUAAAUCCAUCUGACUAGUAAUUCAAGCUUAUGGAAUUUCACUGUCUGCUUAAGCAUUUUACUUGGCUGGGAAAAAUAAUGUACAGAUUUUGUUAUAGCCAUGUGGUUUGUUUUGUUUUUCUUUUAAGUAUUUCUAUGGCCAAUAUGCCUGAAUGCCUGAUAAAAUUAUUCCUUUGUUUUGGAGGGCAAUGUUUUGAUUACGUUUGUGACUUGUUUAUUUAGGGAAAAAUGGACUGGACUGAACACAGUGAAAAUGAUUUGCUAUCUGUGAAGCCAGUGUAUGAGAUAGAUUAAUCAAGCAAAUUAACAUCAAUAACAUAUUAUUCCUUUUUUUUCUUUUUCUUUUUUUUUUUUUUUUUUUUUUUUUGAAAAUCCAAUAUAGGAUUUGCCUUAGAAAACUUUAAUGUUUAAGAAUUUUAAUAUUAUUUGAGAGGUGCUUGAUUCAGACCAGUUCUUUUUAAGGAAGUUAUUGCUUUUGGUUGUACUGGUUUAUAAAGGUCUCUCUGAAGAAUGAGAAGGUUGUGGAUAUUUAAAAUAUGUGUCUAGCAAACCUGUGUACAUCUUUAUGCUUCAAAGAAAUAGUAGUUAUAUUAAGUGAAACAAAAUGCUGAAGUAUAAGAGAUGAAUUUGUAAUGGUCUUAUUAAAAAAAAUCUAAGAAGUAGAAAAAUGUGUUAUAGGUAUAUUUUGCAGAACAGUCUACUUCAAAAGUUGGGGGAGAAAAAAAGAGGAGUGGAGACUGGAGCUUAUCAACGACGAUUAUGCUCAUGUGCAUCAGGUAAGCAGGUAAAAAAACUGAAAGACAGAUUUUUCUAAACCACUUUAGUCCUAAAUACUUAAUUUUGUAUAUGAAGUAUUGAUUUUUACAUCUAAACAUUUUUUUCAGUAGCCUUUCUGUAAGCUUCAUUAGCAUGGAAUUUAUUUGCUGUUUCAGUAUUUAUUUUCUUGUAACUUUGUAAGGCCUCACAUGCUUUGUAUUUAGAAGGAAAAUGUUAAGAGGAUGCAGUAAAUUCAUGCCACUUGCACCUUUCAUUGUUAAUUUUUUUAACACUGUUGUCUAGAGUUUCAGUGUAGAGUUUUGUUAAUGAUGUAGUGUCAUAACAUAGAAUAUCAGCUGAGAUAUUAAAAUGGAGAUGUCUUGUGCAAGGCUAUCUGCUCGAGUGAUAGAAAUAACAUGAAAAUCAUGUGCUAUACUAGAACAGUGUGAAAUCUGGAAACCCUGUCUCACAGCACCUGAUUAUGGUGUCUGUUCCAACAUGGUUAGAAGUCGUUUACAACUCAACUUGCUCAUUUUUUUUUUAAAGUAAAUAAUUAAGUAAUUAAGGGUUACUUAAAAAUCUUUGCAAUGUUCUGAAAGUGCACGUAGUGCAGGACAUCCCUAGUCUGGUAUACCAGCUUUGCACACACAGGGGAACAGAUCAUCAACUGGUAUAAAUCUUGAGUUCUAAGUUUGGAAUCAGUGGGUACUAGCUGAGAAUCAAAGCCUGUGCAGAUACUGGUCUAUUGGAAAGUGCUUCACAGUCCUGGACGGCAUAUUAUGUGACAAUUAUUUCAAUGGUACCUGGUGGGUUGUUACAAUUAAAACAUGUAACAGCUGAGAAUAUGAUAUGAUAUUAGAUUUUGAUUUCAGUUUACUUCUCAGCUAGGCAGUUAAAUUUAAUGACCUGCAAAUUUGUGCCUUUUGAUACAAAGUACUAAAUGCUAAUAGUUCACUGUCUUCUGUUGAGAGAUGAUUGUAAUGGUAAUUUAUAGGGGGAGACUGCUUUUCCACAGAACCUAUCCUGCCUCUAGGUGGUCAGUCACAGUGUGUGUGUUUCUAGGCACACUUUUGAAAAGGAAACACAUCGAGCUGGAUAUGCAAAAAAAGGUUUGUGGCUGUACAAGGAGAGGAACACUCCCUCAUCCUCAUGAGCUUCUAUUUUGCAUUGGAAAACAUAAAUUCCUUAUUUUGUCUUCCUACCUCACCUUUUUUCAGUUCCUACAUAGCUAAGACCAGAGUCUGCUGCUUAAUUUAUUCCUUUUUUUUUUUUUUUUUUUUUUCACUAUAAAUUGAAAUCAAAUCUUUAUGCUGAGAUUUUGUCCUGUGGUCUAUUUUCUACUGUAUGGAAUAUUGUAGUCCUUGCCUGUAUUGUCUGGAAUGUAAGAAAGCUUUUGGGGGCUGUGAGGUUCUUUUCAACAGCAGACAGCUAUCUAUUAUUGUUCUUUUUUGUUAGUGAACAUUUACUGUAUCAUUAAGAAGGAGGCUACAGAAAUGCUCGUCUUAGACUUUGUGUAAGUAACUGGCAUGUUAGUUAUGUGUUAAAGGGAAUGUCUAUUUUUAAUGCUACUGUCAUCAAUUAGUAAAUGCCACAAGUUGAUUCUCUGCUGCAGAGUUCCCUCAGUUUAUUAUUGUAUUUAACAGCUAUUCUAUGUAUUAUUUUUUCUUUGUGAUGAUCUCCUGAAGUGCUUGGCUGUAGAAAUGCUGCAACACAUACUCCUGUUAACGUCACAAAACGUUUGGGCUGGAAACCCGGUAACAUUCAAGUAUUGUACUGUGUAAAUAAGAUGAAUAGAAGCUAUGCCAUUGUAUUUAUUGUUCCACUAAGGGUGAAAUAGAAAAAAAUGUGAGAAGUUA